ACCGCUUCUCUCCUCUCCGCUGGGGCCACAGCCUUGAGUGUCAUUCAAGCGGCCGCCAAACACCACCCCAAGCUCUCUAAUCCCAGCUUCAGCCGUCAUCCCCUCCGCUUUCCACUUCCCAUUCCACACUUCCCCCCCAAAAAGGGAGGGGAAGAAGCAAGCAGGGAGUGGGGCCGAGUGGAGGGAAAGCGAAGUCUUACCCUUUUUACCCCAUCUACUCUUCCCUCGUCCUUUCACCUCCCGGACAACCCUAGAAAUCGGAGCAGAACAGGGCAGACGACCCUACUGCCAUGUCUAAAAGCUUGAAAAAGAAAAGCCACUGGACUAGCAAAGUCCACGAGAGUGUCAUUGGCAGGAACCAGGAGGGCCAGUUGGGCUUUGAACUGAAGGGGGGAGCCGAGAAUGGACAGUUCCCCUACCUGGGGGAGGUGAAACCCGGCAAGGUGGCCUAUGAGAGCGGCAGCAAGUUGGUACCCGAGGAGCUGCUGCUGGAGGUGAAUGAGACCCCAGUGGCGGGGCUCACCAUCAGGGAUGUGCUGGCCGUGAUCAAGCACUGCAAGGACCCCAUCCGACUCAAGUGUGUCAAGCAAGGAGGAAUUGUGGAUAAAGAUCUUCGCCAUUACCUCAACUUGCGGUUUCAGAAGGGAUCAGUGGACCAUGAACUUCAACAGAUCAUUCGAGAUAACCUCUACCUCCGGACUGUACCAUGUACCACAAGGCCACAUAAGGAGGGUGAGGUUCCCGGUGUGGACUAUAUUUUCAUCACCGUUGAAGACUUUAUGGAACUAGAGAAAAGUGGUGCUCUCCUAGAAAGUGGAACAUAUGAAGAUAAUUACUACGGUACCCCAAAGCCUCCUGCAGAACCAGCUCCCUUAUUGUUAAAUGUAACAGACCAGAUACUUCCAGGAGCCACACCAAGUGCUGAAGGAAAACGGAAGAGGAAUAAGUCAGUGAGCAACAUGGAGAAAGGAGGAAUUGAGCCUCCUGAAGAGGAGGGGGAAGAACAACCUGUGGUCAAUGGAAAUGGGGUAGUAAUAACUCCAGAAUCAAGUGAGCAUGAAGACAAGAGUACAGGUGCCUCAGGUGAUAUGCCCUCCCAGCCUUAUCCUGCACCGGUGUACAGUCAGCCUGAGGAACCAAAGGAGGAUAUGGAUAUAGUGAAGCCGACUAAACCUGAAGAAAAUGAUGAAUUGGGCCCAUUGCCUGAUAAUUGGGAGAUGGCCUAUACAGAAAAGGGGGAAGUCUACUUUAUUGACCAUAACACAAAGACAACAUCAUGGCUGGAUCCACGACUUGCGAAAAAGGCUAAACCUCCAGAAGAGUGCAAAGAAAAUGAACUUCCAUAUGGCUGGGAGAAAAUUGAUGAUCCCAUAUAUGGCACUUAUUAUGUUGACCACAUAAAUAGAAGAACACAAUUUGAAAACCCCGUCCUGGAAGCCAAACGAAAACUACAACAACAUAACAUGCCCAACACAGAACUUGGAACAAAGCCUUUGCAGGCCCCAAGUUUCCGAGAAAAGCCGCUUUUCACCCGGGAUGCAUCACAACUGAAAGGCACUUUCCUAAGCACAAUUCUGAAAAAGAGCAAUAUGGGCUUUGGAUUUACCAUCAUUGGGGGAGAUGAACCUGAUGAGUUUCUUCAGGUGAAAAGUGUAAUUCCUGAUGGACCUGCUGCUCAGGAUGGGAAAAUGGAAACAGGUGAUGUCAUUGUCUAUAUUAAUGAAGUUUGUGUCCUUGGACAUACUCAUGCAGAUGUAGUCAAACUUUUCCAGUCUGUUCCUAUUGGUCAAAGUGUCAACCUGGUGUUGUGUCGUGGCUACCCUUUGCCCUUUGAUCCCGAAGAUCCUGUUAAUAACAUGGUGCCACCUCUUGCAGUAAUGGAGAGACCCCCUGUAGUGGUCAAUGGAAGACAUAACUAUGAAACUUAUUUGGAAUAUAUUUCUAGGACCUCCCAGUCUGUUCCAGAUGUAACCGAUCGACCUCCACAUUCUUUGCACUCCAUCCCAGCUGAUGGUCAGCUUGAUGGCACAUUCCCACCUCCCAUUCAUGAUGAUAAUGUGUCAAUGGCUUCUUCAGGAGCUACCCAAACUGAACUCAUGACCUUAACCAUUGUGAAAGGUGCCCAGGGCUUUGGCUUCACAAUUGCAGACAGUCCCACAGGACAAAGGGUGAAGCAAAUUCUCGACAUUCAGGGAUGCCCUGGUUUAUGUGAAGGUGACCUCAUCAUUGAGAUCAACCAACAGAAUGUACAGAACCUGAGCCAUACAGAAGUCGUGGAUAUACUGAAGGAGUGUCCCAUUGGAAGUGAGACUUCUUUGAUUAUUCAUAGAGGAGGUUUCUUUUCUCCUUGGAAAACUCCAAAGCCUAUAAUGGAACGAUGGGAGAAUCAAGGCAGCCCUCAAACAAGUUUAUCUGCUCCAGCUAUACCACAGAAUCUCCCCUUUCCAACCUCCCUUCACAGGAGUUCAUUUCCUGACUCAACAGAGGCCUUUGAUCCGAGGAAGCCUGACCCAUACGAGCUAUACGAGAAAUCCAGAGCAAUUUAUGAAAGUAGGCAACAAGUGCCACCAAGGACCGGUUUUCGAAUGGAUUCCUCUGGUCCAGAUUAUAAAGAGUUGGAUGUUCACCUUCGGAGGAUGGAGUCUGGAUUUGGCUUCAGAAUCCUUGGGGGAGAUGAACCUGGACAACCUAUUUUGAUUGGAGCAGUUAUUGCCAUGGGCUCAGCAGACAGAGAUGGCCGCUUGCACCCUGGCGAUGAGUUGGUCUAUGUAGAUGGCAUUCCAGUGGCCGGAAAGACUCACCGAUAUGUUAUUGACCUCAUGCAUAAUGCAGCCAGAAACGGGCAGGUGAACCUAACUAUAAGAAGAAAGGUGAUGUCUGCAGGGGAGCCCUGUCCAGAGAACGGGAGGAGUCCAGGCUCUGUGUCCACCCACCACAGCUCACCAAGAAGUGACUAUGCCACAUACACCAACAGCAAUCACGCUGCUCCCAGCACUAAUGCUUCUCCACCCGAAGGCUUUGCAUCACACAGCCUACAAACCAGCGAUGUCAUCAUACACCGCAAAGAGAACGAAGGAUUUGGUUUCGUCAUCAUCAGUUCCUUGAACAGGCCUGAGUCUGGGUCCACAAUAACUGUGCCACAUAAAAUUGGCCGUAUUAUUGAUGGAAGUCCUGCAGAUCGCUGUGCAAAACUAAAAGUUGGGGACCGAAUAUUAGCUGUGAAUGGCCAAUCUAUCAUCAACAUGCCUCAUGCAGAUAUCGUCAAGCUCAUUAAAGAUGCAGGUCUUAGCGUAACUCUUCGAAUCAUUCCUCAGGAAGAGCUGAACAGCCCAGCAUCUGCCCCCAGCUCUGAGAAGCAGAGUCCCAUGGCCCAACAGCACAGCCCGACAGCACAGCAGAGUCCACUGGCCCAGCCGAGUCCUGUGGCACCCAACAGCCCUGUCACUCAGCCGCCACCUCCCCAGCCCCUCCAGCUACAAGGACAUGAAAACAGUUAUAGGUCAGAAGUAAAAGCAAGGCAAGAUGUGAAACCAGACAUCCGACAGCCUCCGUUUACAGACUACAGGCAGCCAGCCACAGACUACAGACAGCCCCCGCUGGACUACAGGCACCCCCCAGGAGUGGAUUAUCAGCAACCACCACCCUUGGACUAUAGGCAACCACCUCUAUUAGACUACAGGCAACAUUCUCCAGAUACGAGGCCAUAUCCUCUAUCAGAUUACAGGCAACCCCAGGAUUUUGAUUAUUUUACUGUGGACAUGGAGAAGGGAGCCAAAGGGUUUGGAUUCAGUAUCCGUGGAGGAAGAGAAUACAAAAUGGAUCUGUAUGUGUUGAGGUUGGCAGAAGAUGGACCAGCAAUAAGGAAUGGAAGAAUGAGAGUAGGAGAUCAGAUCAUUGAAAUCAAUGGGGAAAGCACAAGAGACAUGACACAUGCCAGAGCGAUAGAGCUAAUCAAGUCUGGAGGGAGAAGAGUGAGGCUGCUUCUGAAACGUGGGACAGGACAGGUCCCAGAGUACGACGAACCAAACUCCUGGGGUUCUCCCUCUGCCGCCUCCACAGGUCUGCCGGAAGUAGUGGCUUCCCUUGAAGACAUAAUCUCACCAUUAUCUUCAUCGCAUCUAGCCCCACCCUCUGACCCUUCCCACCAGAUAAGCCCAGACCCAACAUGGGAUAUCAAAAGGGAACAUGAUGUUAGAAAACCAAAGGAGCUCCCAGCUAAUGGCCAGAAGAAGAAAAGAUUAGGAGAACAAAGGGAAAGAUCAGCUAGUCCUAAAAAGGUCGAUAGGUCAAAGCAUGAAGAGACGUCCAACAAAGGAUCAUCUGAGUGCAAAUCCAAGAAAACCGAGGGUGGCAGGCCCCCCUUGGAGAGUAAAGUGAUUGGACAGAUCCCUGUCACUGAAGCGGGAGCAGGGGAGACGAUGUACGCUGGAACCAAUGAUGAACAACGGGGGAGGUCCAAGGCCACCGAUACGAACAGAGGUGGAUCUCUCGGGAGGAAAGAGGAUCUCAGAGCUUUGGGCCCAGCAGAAAAGAAGGCCGCAGCAGCUCCUGAUCACAGCCAGCUCGAAUCACUCGGUGCUACAAAGGCAUAUGGUAGCAAUAGCUGCAGCCCGUACGCAAGUGACAUGGACCACAGCCGGCGAGAGCCUGACGGGAAACUUAGCGAGUUCCCAAGGAAGGGACACUUCCAUCCUAGUAGUGCUCGCAAUGCCACCACCACAACUCGGAAGGCAACUGUCUCACCAGGACCUUGGAAAAUCCCUGGUUCUGACAAGUUACCUAGUGUACUGAAAUCUGACACUUCAGCCAUGAGCAGAUAAGCGAUGCAGCUGUUGCCCUCCAUUUCACAUCAACACAGAACAUUCUUCUUAGGUUCUGUCUCACAAUGUUUUAAUUUAUUUUUCACUGUCACACAUAGAUCCAUGAGACAUCAAGGCCUGGAAGCAUUAACACGGAGCCGUAUUCCAUAAGGAUAUGCAGAGCAUCCAAUAAGUUUGACCAGUAUAUAGUCAAUGCAGAGAUUCAAAACUGAUCCUGAAGUCCCCCAUUCCAUUUUAGGGACUUGGGCAGCUAUGGAAGAACCAAAAUAUCUUAGAGUACAUUUGGAACAAGACAGUGCAGUGUAGCUUUAGUAUUUUUUCCCCCGCUGCAUGAAGGAUUUGGGUAUCAUUACAAACUUUUAUCAAGAAACUGGACAAGCAAUCACAAACUGGAAUAUCGCCUUAAAAAUCAAACUGCACGGAGCAAGCUGAAACUGAAAAAAAAAAAGAGUAUAUCUUUUAACUGAGCUAAAGUGUUGUAAAUAAAUUGUUCUCAACGUAUCUAGACAGGGGUUAAAGGGUUUCUUUGAAACAUUCAGAACUGUGCACCCAUGACAUAUUUCCAUGGUAUACACUUUGGGACAGUCCACACCAGGUACUAGCAGCCUCAUUCACCGUGGGCUUCAGGAUGAGUAGGAAAUUGAGUAAAUUAAUUGGUGUGAUGCCAUUUUUACUGCCAUUUUGUGAACAAAUCCUAUUUCUGUACAUUUAGGGGAAGGGGAACAGAAGUCAUGUUUCAGAAAAUUAUGUCCUGGAAAACAACUUGUCACAAGUUAGAAUUUGGUGACAUGGCUCACAGAUUAGAACUGGUUGUUGUCUGAAGUGUAAAUUUUACACCUACAGGACAGAAUCGAGUAGAUUCAAGAGUAGAGAAGCUGCAGUUUCCUUACAAAAAAAGGCUUUCCUAUCCUCUCUUAGUAGCAGAGACAGAUACCUUUCUUACUAGCGGUGCUAUAGUUCACUCUGUUUUAUUACCUUCUUUACCUUCUGUUAGGCCAUCUUUCUAUUUCUUCUCAUUUACUUUGAAAGAGCAGAUGUUUGCAAAAUAGUCCAGCUUACAUUAUUGGGGUUUUAAUGCCUUCUAAGUAUAAAAAGCCAUCAUCAUGACCAAUUUGUUCUCACUAAAAGACAUUUUAUCAUUCCUUUCUGCCUCUGAGCUUUCUUUUUUUUCUUCUUUGUUUCUUUGCAUCUACUUUUAUCUCAGACCCUUAGUCAAGUCUACAUUUUUUUCAUGCAUGUCUAGACCCUUGCAUUACUCUUCAUGGAAGAUUGAUUUCCUAGCAAGAUUCUUAAGACACCAUUUUCUGCCUUGAUUUUUUUUUUGUAAUAAAAAAAAUGUAGCCACUGAUAAAUUUGCCAUGGAUAAUCACUUCAUGAAUACAUGUGUGAGAAGUCAACAUGGAGGCUUCUAAAAGCACCAAAAAAGCCCUUUCUCUCUAAUGUGCUCUGCUCAAAAGAGGCUUCAAUCCAUUGUAAGUGACUUCAAUAGCAUCCUUUCCACUAGUGCCAUGCUUUGUAGGAGCUCAGAUGCAAAUAAGCCACACUUCCUUGCCAUCUACAAAUCUGCAGUCAAAGAAGUGACAUAGGGAGAUCAGUUUCAUCAGGCUGAAUCAAAAGACAGUGGCCUCACUUGAUUGAUUCUUUGGCAUGUGUUCCUCUGUGUGUGUAUGUCUCUCUUUGUCUCUCACUGUAUGUGUCUCUCUGUCUCUCCCUAUGUGUUUCUUCCUCCGUGUCUCUCUGUCUUUCUCUUUCCUCCACCCUUCUCCCUCCUCUUUAUCUUUCUAUUCUCUCUCCUUCCAGUCCUCAUUCUUUCUCCCUGCUUUUCUCUAUUUCUUACUCUCUUUUUCUCCCUCCCUCUGUCUCAGGCACUGCAUUAUCUUACACUACCACAGUUUAAUUUUCAUCUAACGUGGGGUUAUGUUCUUUGAUGAAAAGAGACGGUGGUUGAAAGUCUCAAAUGAAGGAUUUUGCAGCUUUCAAACCAAUUUUCAAAAAAAAGACAAAGAAACUCCAUUCAUCAUAAACAAAAGCACAAACACAUGUAGUGGUUUACACAAUUUUGGUUUCACUUCAAUUAGUCUUUCUCCCCUGGACUAGAAAUCCAAUAUAAUUUGCCAUUAAUUUAUUGAAUCUGGUUUUGGACAAUGCUUCUGUAGUGUAUCUGCACGUCCCAGUACUGUAUCCUCUGACCUUUAUUUUCCAUGUGUUAAAAGAAAUGAGAAACAACCUGAGAUUACGCUUGCAUAAACUCUAAUUUGCACAGUUCACAGCUACUACUUGUGCAGCAAUUGCUUUAUGCGGCUGUAAUCGAUAACCUGUGAAGACAGCACAUCAUCUAAACCCCAUUCCAAAUAAUAUUUCUGUGUAGUGUUAGCUGUGAAUUUACCCUGUACAGCUGUAUCUCUAUAAAUAUAAUUCCAUGUAUUAAUAGUCACAGAAAGGCUGUAAGUGAGCAACUAUUUUUAUGAAACGCACCACUAUGGAUAAAUUAACUUUUACAGAAAUCUUGUUUACUGUAUGAUAUUCUAAAACACUGUCAAAUAAAAUAUAUAUCCAAAAUCCUUUUUUU